GUAAACAUGAAGUGCUUUUGUGCUUCUUGAUAUUUUAUCUAAGUUUGGAAACGUUCAUUUCUGCUGAAUUAUAAUUAGUUUGUGUUCAAAGUACAUUUAACAUGGAAUCUCUACUCGGAUCGUUGUUAUUGAUCCAUUUCUGCUUGUUUGUUUUUCUAUUUUUAAUAGCUGCCUGCGGCCGACGACUUGGAUUAAGAAAAAGAUAUAUUCAAUUGCUUCUUAAACUAUUCCAAUUCAGCCAAAACAGAGUUGAGGAAAGAAGAAGAGAUCGCUUCCCAUCUGUGUCUCUUGAUGAGUCUGACAUUGUUGAGGAUAUCCAACAAUUAUCUUUCAGCCAGCCCAAGUAUUUGGGUUUGCCUGAAGCCGAUGAGAAUGGGUUUCAUAUGAGUGAUAUAUUAGAGUACAUUAGGGCGGGAGUGUCAGCCAUUGUUGAAGACACAGUUCUGACGAAUUUUGUUCCUGAAGUGCCUCCAUGCUGGAACCUUCUUACGCGAACCAAUACGCGGGAUUACGAGUUUGUCAGCUGCCGACUCACGCUGCUAUGGAUGAGUGGCUUCCUUAUUCGAUAUUUGUUUCUGCUGCCAACAAGAAUGAUGGUCCUUUUAACUGGGAUGCUCAUUCUGCUUGCAUGCACUGUUGUUGUCGGAGCAUUCCCAGAAGGUCCAACUAAACGUAAAUUGAAUGGGCGCCUGAGCAUUUUUUGCUUUGAUUUUGUGGCGGGAUCUCUUUCUCUGUUUGCCACGUUUCACAACACGGAAAACCGGCCGAAGUCGGGCAUCACAGUGGCCAACCACACUUCUCCUAUUGAUUCCAUGAUUUUAUCCACCGACAACGUUUAUGAUAUGGUUGGACAGAGACAUGGCGGCUUGUUGGGCUAUUUCAUGACCCUGCUGAGUCGCAGCUCAACCCACAUCUGGUUUGAGAGAAGCAGUGCCAAAGAUCGCUCCGAAGUCUCACGAAGACUGAAAGAGCACACUGCCAAUCCCGAGCUCCCGCCUAUCUUGAUCUUCCCGGAGGGCGUGUGCGUGAACAACACUUCGGUGGUGCAGUUCAAAAAGGGUGCCUUUGAGAUUGACUCGGUCAUUUAUCCUGUGGCUAUCCGCUUCGACUCGCGCUUCGGUGACGCGUACUGGUGGCAGGACGCGUUCUUCUCGUACGUGCUGUACACCAUGACAUCCUGGGCCAUAGUGUGUGAUGUCUGGUAUCUGCCGCCCGUCACACGCCAGCCUCACGAGACUGCCAUAGACUUUGCUAACAGAGUAAAAGCAGCAAUAGCAGUGAAAGGCGGCCUGAGUGACGUAUCAAUCGAUGGGUUUUUGAAAGCCAACCCCCCCAAAGCUGACCUCAAAUCUCAAUAUCAACGAGAGUUUGCCAAGCACUGCAUGCCAGAUACAUCAGAUUGUUUUAUAACACAAAACUCUUCGUCAGAUCACAAGGCAGCUAUGGAUGCAUUUGCACGCAAUAUUACAGAACGCUCGUCCCUCUCCCGACGCGUGAGCAACUCAUCCGCUCAGCCCAACACGUCCCAAAUUUAUAUCCCGGAUGCCCAGUUUGAAAUGCAGUUAGUGGAUUCUCCGACCAAAGUUGCAACAGUCGAUGAAAGUAACGUGGCUACACUGCCAUCUUUAGAUGACUUCGAAACAAAUAUUGUUGAUUGUUCAGAAAUUGUAUGUGAGUUUAAUGAGAGCAAUUUGGCUAAAUGCGCUGCAGUUGAUGGUACAACUGCUGCCGUGGAGGUGCGACGAAGACUCAAUGUGUUAACGUGUCAGAACAUUAAUCCCGACGAUGGAGGGUUAGCCGUCCAUGCCUCUAAUGAUCUUAAUCCUGAUCUGCUAAGAAUCUCAAGCACAUAGCUCAUUUUAUUUAGAGUUUCUCGUUAUUUAGCUUAUUAAGGUAUGAAUGUGAACUUGGCAAUUUGGCUGUGAAAAUGUUUGCAAUGUAUUAACUUCUGAUUUUAAUGAUCCUCACUCAAUAAGACUCUAGGCUGAACAAAAAUACCUCAGUUCCCUGCAUGUAACAAUUUCUCACCAGAUAGCGAGGUAAAGCUUCUUCUAGAAAAUAAGCUCGGGGCCAAGAUGAUUUGGUCAUCUAGGAGUUGCGCCUUCAAAAGUCUUCCUUUAAUUUAUUGGUUAUUUUGAUUAUGGAGGUAAACAUUUUUGGCCAGUUGACGCUUUAGGUUAUUGUCAUAUCAACUUCAUGAACUACCGCUUACUAUAGUAUAUAUAGCUAUGUUACUACUAAUAUUUCAUGAGGCAGUGCAGCUUUCGUGUUUCUUGUUCUCAUUUCAUUAUGUAAGUUCACGCAUUAUGUUGUAGAAUUGUGUCACUGAUGCUGGUUCUUGCAUUCUCUCACACCUCCACUGUCAUAUGUCAGAGCAUCGCAAUUAUCGUAAUUGACCUGUCGAAAACUCAAAUUAGGGUAGUUGACAGUGCCUCAUGAUUAAAUUUUAAUAAUAACACUCAAGAUGUUAACAUUCACGUUCUUAUUCCAGGCAGAGAUAAGCCCCUAGAGUUUUGGGAGUCAUGCUAACAUUUUGCCAUAAUAGUAUUGAAAUUUAUUUUUCAAUCGCACAGUUCUAAUGCUGUAUGUAGACAAUCGAGUUUAACCAUUGUACUAGUAUGUUGACAAUUUUUAGUUUAACCGCUUAUGUUCAAAAUUAUGAGUUUAACCACUAUAUGUUGACAAUUUGCACUUUAGCUGACGUUUUACUUAGUAUUUUUUUCAAUAAUAUGUCAUGUAAUUUCAACCGAAUCUCUUGGAGUUCUGCAAUCUUAGCUCCGGCUUAUUACGUCGCACUGAAUCGUUACGCUUAAGAGCCUCUUUCCUUGCCUCUACACUGGAUUAUUAGAUAUCGUGCGUGUUGCAUCAGCGACAUUAGUGCAGCCGUUUGUAAAGCGCUUUCUGCCAUUGGCGAUGCCCGUCAUUUCUAGGACUUCACGCAAAGCUUUGUUUUUUGGCAUCUCACAUUCUUAGCAUAAUUAACGAAUGUCAGGUAGGUACCUUUCUUAUUCGGUUGUGAGGAGCUUCACUAGCAGCAGUUUGCUCACUGCACCAGCUUGGCGAGGAGUGGGUGGGCCAUUGCUACUGAGUCUAAAUAUAUUAUGGUUAAUACAGGAUCGGAUAUUAGGUCAAACUUUCAUUUAUUUCAGGUGUAUACAAGAAACCAAGAGCCGGCUAAUGAUAGAUGUGCUAACAUCCAUGUCAUGAACUGAAUCCAGAUGAGCUUAGUCCCGAUAUAUUAUCACCAUUAGUUGAUGAAGAUUAUUCUUCUUUUAAUGAAACGCAUAUGUUGCGGAGAAGCCGCAACAUACACCCCAAAGUUUGUCUCAUCAUUUUAGUAUUAUUCUGUUUUCAGUUUCACUUACUUCACCGAGUGAUGGUGAUCCACUUGCAAAUGCGUCUCAAGUUUCUUGUAAGUCAGCAUCAACUUUGAUGGCAACGUUUAGCAGAGCCACGUUUGUUUUAGUCCGAAUUUUCUCAAAUAAGUAACGUGUUCAAUCGUAAAUGAACGAGGAUUCUUAACUGGCAUUUUAUGACUAAUCAUGAAUGUAGUAAAUCCAUACUUUUAAGUAUUUUUUUGGAAAUUCACAAUUGUCAUAGCACAACGUUAAAAGCCAUAAAUUAUUCUCAGAAUUGUUUAUUUUUAGUCACAAUGGUGUCAGUUUUCUAGAUUUAGAUAUUUUAUUUCCAUUGUUUUUUCGAAAGCAAGUGUGAAGACUGAUUCCGUUAGUCAAAACACUGCAACUGAUGUUCAUCGCCUGCGUGGUCGACGGCUGCUAAUGUUAUGGUGCCAGUGCUGGCCCUAACACAUUUACGAUCAAAUGGCUUAGUGCCUCGUGUUUCUCAUUGGGAAGAGAUCUGUUUUGAAACUUGACUAUUGUAUUUUGUUGUGACGUUAUUUUUUAAUUAAAGAUGCAUCUUGAAUAGGAUCUGCUUGAAUUUUUUUUAAUUACGCUCACUGUUCUUCACGUAAACCACGUAAAGAUUAUUGCACUAAGGAGAUUUAGUGACUAGCAAAAAUGGUUUAACAAAACCCCAAAGUAUAUUUUUUCUGUGGCUGUUUUGAUUGCAUAAUUUAAGGCGUGUAUAGUUUUCGAUAUCAGCUUUCACAGGUUUUCCGCUUAUAUUGCUCACAUUUUCUGAUCCCAUUGCAUCCUGUUGAUAUCUUCUGAAUCGCGCUAAGUAGUUGCCUGCUAAUUAAUUGGGACCCGUUGAACUUCGGUUCUCCUCGCCGAUCAGUCUCGAGCUUCUUGAAAUUCUUCACUAACACUAAGCCUCAGCACACACGCACGAUAACGCAGUGAUCGCUCACUGCCUGCACUCGCGGGCGAGUCGAUCAAGGCGUCUCCUCGCGUUAUGGUAUAUAAUCGAAGUUACUAUAAACAACUUCCUAGUUACUAACUAAACUCCAGCGACCUUGUCUUAGCUGUGACGCUAUCGGACGCCAAGGUAUUCAUGGUGACCUGAUCUUGUAAAGCAGCAGCGUCGAAUUAGCCUGCGAGGUCCGAUGCUAUAAUAUUGUAAUAUCUGUUCAUUUACUACGAACUUGCUAAUCUAUUAUCUUAAUUUUCCUUGACGACGGACUUCAGUUUAGGUUUUUGUAAUUUAUUCGUUAGGUUGCUAUCUACAACUAAAAUCCUGUAUUUGAUUUUGAUGGUAAGGGUUGAAUUUGGUUUAUCCUAAGUGAUGUGUAGGCUUUCUUGUGGGAGUGUAUAUUUAGAAAUUGCCUGGUUAGGUUGAUUUUGAACAGCGCAACUCUAAUUCAAAUUUGUGAUUGUCUUAUCCUAUGGUCAAUGUUCCUGAGCGUCCAAGCGUUAUUUCCCAGAUACUUCUUGCAUCCAGUAAAGGAACAUCACUACAACUUUGAUUUAUGUCUCACUGCACACUGCCAGAGUCUUGCUUACGGAGGGUUUCGUACCUGAUAUUUGACAAAAAUAUGUUAGGCUAUUAAGAAUGUUAAUUAAAAGUUAGGCUAUUUCUGAUUAAUGUAGAUUGAACAGAACAAUAUUGUUCUCUUCAGUCUUUUCUUGCUCUGAUAAAGCUUUAGAGUGCAUUCAAAAGUACAAUCUUGUUCGGAAUCUCCAAUUAGCUAUAAUCGUUAUGUUUUUAGCAGUGUUGACGUGUGGUCAUUAACAAUGCGGCAGGUUUUAUUAUCCGAACUUACAUCUAACGGUUUAAAUCUAAACUGAGGUAGUGAAAUUAGUCGAAUAUAUCUUACGUUGCCAGAAUUUUAGUUCAAAUUGAACUUUCACCUGUUGCUGCAAGUAAUGAAUUGAUGACGAGUUCACGACUCAUUGUGAGGGAGGUGCCGGUGCAUCGCUAUGCCUCGUUCGUGUCGGAGUCGAUUCAGACACGAUAUUCUGUCCCUAAAAACGGCUGUCCAAGCUUGGCUUUAUGACCUUCCGUUCAUUUAUGCAUGCAUUAAUUAAUUAAUGAAUAAAUAACUUUAAUUUUGAUAGGAUGUAAAUUCCCGAGCAUAAAUAAUAAACCUGGUAAUGUAUUCAUCAUUCCCAUGGUCUGAAGAAGUUUUUGUUUUCGAUUUCGCAUCCAAAAUUUUAAGGUAUGUGCUUGGUUGUGUUUUUUAAGUUUAUCUCUAUUUAUUUCCUCCAGUAAUGAUCAUGAUCACUGCUUGGUUGUGUUUUGGUUGUUUGUUUUAUCUGUAUUUCCUCUAAUGACGAGAAUGACUUCGAGAACAACAACUUCGUCAA